GGAGGAACUAACAUAUGACAAGUACUCACGUCGCUUAGAAAGGGAAGUACUCACUGCUCUGUGCUUUUAGCCCUGAACAGAGGUUAAAGAGCGAUUACUAAUUAUGCGGCACACAUCAUGAGCAGUCAACAAAAUUUCAAGGGAGUUGUUUUGACAGGGUUCUAUCAGAACAACGAGGGUUUACCUGUAUUGAUCACUGGUAAGGAUGAAGAAGAACAGACGUCGUUGUUAAGCAGGAGAACUGGCCAAUACAACAUUCACAGUCGUGCUAAAAAUGCUGCAGGGAAUCCACCUUACAACCGCCACAGCUCCCAGGAUUCCCUUGAUGAGCUGUCAAUGGAUGAUUACUGGACUGAGCUGGAGCACAUCCAGAAGACCAGAUGCAAUGACCAGGAACAGCCUGAAGAAGUGCUAAUGAAAGUGCCUGAUGAAGGGGAGUUGGAGGAGGAGUGGCUGAAGGAAGCAGGCCUAUCGGACCUUAUUGGUGAUUCAGCAGGGGAUCUUCAGGAAAGUAUGGUCGUGCUGUCCACACUAACCCGCACACAGGCGGCAGCUGUGCAAAAGAGGGUGGAGACUGUUGCUCAGACCCUGAGGAAAAAGAACAGGCAUCACCAAGUACCAGACGUCAGGGACAUCUUUGGUUUGCCAAGUGCACAAAGUGAAAAGAUCUCUAAUGUUAACGAAACACAGCCUGCUGGGACAAGUGAAAAUGGAAAACAGGAUGUUAAAUCUGAUGGACAAACGAUAAGCCCGUGUGGGGAUGACAAAAGCAACUUGGACACAGCAUUAUUAGAAACUGAUAUCAAUUUAGAGAUUUCUUUCUCGGAGCAGGCAGCUGGCCUCAAAGAUCAAUCAAAGAGCAACGAGCCCCAUGGCGACGAGGAUGACGCACUCUUACCUAAUUUCAGAAUACCACAAGACAAAACAGGUACAACAAUGAUUGGAGACCUGGCCUCACAGGACAUGAAGAAGGUCCACUCUCUAGCACUCAUUGAACUGACUGCACUCUAUGAUACAUUUGGAAUUGACUUCAAAUCUCACAAAGCUGUGAAAAUUAAAAUCAAAGAAUCUGGCUUGUUUGGUGUUCCACUUACAGUUUUACUUGAGCAGGAUCAGAAGAAAGUGCCAGGUACCAAAGUCCCACUUAUAUUGCAAAAACUCAUUUCUCAUAUAGAAGAGGAGGGGCUGGAUACAGAAGGCCUCCUGCGAAUACCAGGAUCUGCAACAAGAAUCAAGAGUCUUUGCCAAGAUUUAGAAGCUAAGUUCUAUGAGGGGACGUUUGCCUGGGACUGUAUAAAGCAGCAUGAUGCUGCAAGUUUACUGAAAUUCUUCAUCCGGGAACUGCCACACCCACUUCUCACCAUGGAAUACCUCAAUGCUUUCAUUACAGUGCAAAAACUGCCAACAAGAAAGCAGCAACUUCAGGCCCUGAAUCUUCUGGUGCUCUUUCUCCCAGAGCCAAGCAGGGACACUCUAAAGACCCUGCUGGAAUUUCUCCAGAGAGUAAUAGACCGCAAGGAGAAGAAUAAAAUGACGUUGAACAAUAUUGCUGUUGUAAUGGCACCCAACCUGUUUAUGUUCAAAGGAUUUCGUUCCAAGAAUGGGGACCAACAGGAGUUUGCAAUGGCUACUGGAACAGCAAACCUCAUGCGUUUGCUGAUAAGAUACCAGGACCUUCUCUGGUUGAUACCCAAAUUUCUUAUGAAUCAAGUAAGAAAGCAAAACACUGAAAACCAGAAGAAAAUGUCCAAGGAUAGGGCUAUGAAGAAGUUGCUGAAGAAGAUGGCUUAUGACCGGGAGAAGCAUGAGAAACCGGAUAGGAACACAACUGAAACUGACACUCUUCAGGGAGUUAUACGGGUGCAGGCACCACAGUUCUCCAAGGUUUCCAUGGCAAUACAGUUGAAGGAGGAUCUGAAAGCUAGUGAUGUACUGGCCAGUUUUCUCAGUCAAAUCAGAACUGUUGCCAUCAAGAGAGAAGACUUAUGUCUGUAUGAAAUAGGAGGCAAUAUUGGAGCACGCUGCCUGAAUGAUGAAACCUACAUGAAGGAUCUGUACCAGUUGAAUCCCAAUGCAGAGUGGGUCAUAAAGUCUCGGUCAUGCUAAGACAAUGGCUGCAACUCUGAAAAUGUCUGGUGUCCCAUUUAAAAAAAAAAAAAAAAAGGUUAUUGUGGUGUACUAAAUGGAAAAAGGAAAAGAUAUGACGUGAUCAAGCAAACUGAACUAACAAAAUGAACUAACAUUAAUUGCCAAAUCCAGAUUACUAUACAAUGUAAGACGAUGCAAAUUGUGCGCACAACUGUUUUUUUCCUGUUGAGAAUGAAUGUGUCCACUAAGAUUCUGGAAGCUGUGUUUGUACAGUCUGUGUGUGAUUUAAGAACAGGAAUCAUUAAAGUCAUGUGGGGCUUUAAACUGCCCAUAAUCUUGUUCUAUCAAUCAUGCUGCAGUUCCAGAACAAGCAUUGCUGGGCUUCAGGCACAUAUAUGAAUAAUGAUAAAGCACAGCCACAAGUGCAUUACUAGCUCAAAAUCAACGAGAGACAUUAUUUUGUGUGGUUAUAUAUUCGGACCCAUGUUAAUUUAUAUAUUCUAUGCUUCUUAAACCUGGUUGCCUUUAUCUUCUUUCUUAAGCUGUUUGUGUUUGGCUGAGUUAGUUUCUUUUGUUUGUAUAAACUACUCAAAUGCUGCAUUCAUUAUGUCUGCACAGAUAACGGUCAACGCUGCUAAAAAUGCUUCGAAGAGAACUUGGUUCAAAGUUGCCCCCUCCCUUUUUUUUUUUUACUGAUGAGAUGAAAUUCCAAAGAUGUUUGUCCAGGUCUUCUUCAGGUAUCUGGUGAAAUUCUCUCAUUUCUACUGCUGAACGCAAAUAUGACUUUGUGAGGUUUAUGCCAGCAAGUGUUUUUCUUCUUGUAUUUUCAUUUUCUUUAUUCUUUUUAAAAAUUCUUCUGUUAUUGCUGUGAACCUCUUUUUUUUUUUUUUUAAUUGCCCAUAUCUUUGUUUUGAAUGUAGCCUAUUGUCCACUUUAUAGUGCUUGUUUUAAUUGCUGAUAAAUAGGGCAGCUGUUGACAUUCAGUGGACAGGCACUGCACAAUGAAGAAUGUAAUGACAUAGGAAGGAGUCUAAUAUGAACAAAAUAUUAGCCACGUUCCUAAAUGGGAAUGUAACUAGUAACUAAUAUCGGGAUGUCUUUUUUCCAGUUUAGGGGUUUGUUGCCAUGGUAACAGAAUGAAUGAAAUAUGUAUAUGCAUGCUGUAAAUAUAAAUGAGUCAAUACUUGAUAUACAAGUAUCUUGAUGAUUUAUGUUUAUACAAUAUGAAAACAUGGCAUAUUGGGGGGGGGGGGGGGGGCAAGAAUCAUGACAAAAACCAAGAUUCAGAUUUCCAAUGUGACGCAUUCUUUGUUUCUUUAAUUAGAUUUAAAGUUUCAUGUUCAAUGCAAACCUAGACUGCAUUCAGAGGCUACAGUGAAUCACAAGGAGAUGUGUUUUAAGCUGUACAUCAGGUGCAAAUAUUAUAAACAAGACAAAUAAAUGUAUUAAAACCAUGUGAAAAAAAGGCAGCCACCAUAUGUAUAUUCAGAAUACACUGAAAUAAAUGCAGAACAAAUACAGGGUCUAAUGAUAGCUACAGCUUUAAAACUAUUUUGAUUUUAAACUUCCCAAAGAGUUAUUUUUAUUUUUGUUUUUGUUUAUUUUUCACCCUCUUUUUUUCUUAAUUUUUUGGGUUUGUGUAAUAUUUCGAUUUUUGAUCUUCCUGAUGAUGUUAUCAUGUCUUGGGCCAGGGGACAUGCUUGUGUUACACAAGUUUAGAUCUAUGCAUUGAAAAUUUGAAUAUUUUAUGACCUGUUUUUUUCUUUUUUUAUAUAUGUAUUUUACAUCUGUCCCUCAACAUUCACGGCCAAAUCUUUACAUGUAUGAUAACAUUCAAUAACGCAGAUAUUUUGGAGGUAAGGGGGGUAGGGGGUUGGUGGACUGGUAGAAAUGACAUGCAUAGCACUGCUUUUCUGAAGCAGCACUGAACUGCAAUGUUAUAUUUAGAUCAAGCUGUGAAUAUGUUUGCAAAAUCAGGUCCCCUUAACACAUGUAUGUUUUAUAACUGCUGUAGAUGUAACCACUAUGCAGGAUGUUAACAUGCUCAAAACUGAGCUCGUCCAUAUACAAGCUGUACAUUUUUUUUGUAGCUUUUAUAAAUAAAAUAACAAACAUUUGUGUUUACUUUCUUUUGGGGGUUUCUAUAACUAUAAAAGUGAAGUGUUUCAUGUUUAUUUAAAAUGGAACAAAAUUGAAGUAUCAGAUUACUGUGUGCAGAUCCAUAUGAAGAUAUAUCUAUAUAUCUAUAUAAUUAUUCCACUCAUAAUAGACACACAUUCCUAUGCAUUCCAAUGCAGUAUCUACUAUUCCUGUAGUGUUCUUGAAUUUGUGGGCAUUGUUAAAAAUUGCAUUCAGGCCAAUUUUUCAGAUGUUACUCCUAUGCAAUCCUAUGAAACUAUAAUAAUUCAUAUGAAUUUGUGGCUAUUGUUUUAAAAAGUUACUAGAUAUGACAAAAAAAGCUACAUAAGAAGAAUGUGCUUGGUGCUUUGGUAGGAUUGCAUUGUGGCUGUUAGUGCUGUUCUGUAAUCAAUCAAUCAAUCAAUCAAUCAAUCAAUCAUGGUCAUGGAAGACACAUGACAGCAAAGCAGUGUUUGGAAUUACUGCAAAGUUUACCAAACAACGAUUCUGAUGCAGCAGAGACGGACAAUGACGAAUCUGGCUCUGAAGCCGACUGGGUUUGCGAAGAUGAAUCUUCCAGCAUCAGUGACAGUGAGGAGGAUGCCAGCGAAGUGCCAAGACUGAGUGGGCGAAGAGGGCGCAGGAGAUCCCAUGGGAGAUAAAGCAAUCCUGUAGCAGCCCCUGCAAGGAUGCCAGUCUCUUCACCUGCAUCAGCCCCUGCACCUCAUCCAGCCGCUACUUAACCUGAGGCAGCCGCUUCUCCAGCAGUAGCGCCAGCACCACCUGGCACUCAAGAGGCUGGUAACGAUGGCACUGUUGGAGCACUAUAAAUCCUGGUGUUUGAAGCUACAGGUAGAAGGGUUGAACAUAAUAUUUUGAGGGAAUUUCCAGGGCCCACGGUAUAUGCAAAACGCAACAUUGAUGAGAGCGUAUUGACUGCUUUUCGCCUAUUGAUUGACAUGCAUACGCUUCACCACAUACGUUGCACUGAAGCAGAAGCCCACUGACAACUACAAGAUGUUUCCUGGUCAAUGCCCUUGGAGGAAUUAGAAGCUUUCAUUGCACUAGUAUAUGCCCAUGGAGCAUUUGGGACAAGAAGCCUGUCGCUGUACAGUUUGUGAUCCAAUAAGUGGGGAGUUGCUUUUUUUUUUUUCAGAGCCAAUGCCACGGAGUCGCUUUUGUGAAAUAUUUUCAAUUUCUGCAUUUCGAUCUGAAGCAAACCAGAAGCGCCAAACUUCAAAAUGAUAAAUUUGCCCCGGCAUCUGGCAUUUGGACCUGUUUCAUUGACUAUAGCAUUCUCUGCUACAAACCGGGACAGAAUAUUACAGUGGAUGAGCAGCUUUUCCCAACAAAAGCAAGGUGUUGCUGGACUCAAUAUAUACCCAUUUAUAUUCAUCUUCUUUUAUACUUAUUUGCAUUGUUUCAGUUGUACAGUUUUGUAUGUACAUGAUAUACCUGUAUAUACACAAAUUUAUUUUCAAAUAUAUGUAUUUCAAUUUGUACCGUUUUUUGAGGUUGCGCUUUAUGUAAUAUGUCUGUAUAUAAAGACAUUUCUGUUCAAAUGUCUGUUUAUUUACAAUGUUUUGGGUGUGUAGAUGAUUUAUAUGACAUUCCUGAUUAAUACUACAACUUGUAUUCAAUUGUUUGUCCUUUCAUCAUCUGCGCAUAAAGGAGAGAGAGAUAAAAAUGGUACAUCUGUCCCUGGUCUCUCCUACUGUAAUGUAAAAAAAGUAUAUCAUAAAGAAUAAUUUUUAUCUAUAAAUAACAACUGUCUUUAUAUUUUUUGUACCUAAGACCAUUGAAUUAAAUCCUUGAGUUUAUUUAAAGUUUUGCAACUUAAAUUUCCACUUUUCUCCUUUUAGACAAAUGGCGCUUCUGAUAGUUUGGAGUAAAUGGAUUUGUGAAUUUUACCACAACCACAAUAGGAGUGGUGUAUUUUCUCAAAGGUUUUCAACACACUAUUGUUAUUUCAUUUUAGAGGAAUUGUAUAUAUGAGUUAUUUUAGAAAUAAAACAAAUCUGCUAUACAUAACUGACAUAUUGCGCUGGGCUGUAAGAAGCACACACAUCAUAAAAAUAUUUAGUCCAUAUCAGGUCUUUGCAGUGCCUCAUCAGUAAUAACAUCAUCAGCUGCUAGGGUCUGCAGCUUGGUCACUAAUUCCUGAAGGUUAACUCUGGGCAAAAAAAGAAAAUGACAGUUAUUAUUCAAGCUUAAGAAAAUAGUAUGGUAUUAGGCAAAAUAUUUCUCUUUUGACAUUUUAUAAAAGGCAUUUUAUUAACCAA